AUGAAGAACGCGAAGAUCGAUCCCGUUCGGAUCGCUCCGCAAGUCCGACGGCCGGAUCUGCAUUCCAAGGCCGUUUCCAAGACCACGGAAGGCCGCGGAGCCAAGAGACGGUGCGGCGACUGUUUCGAUCACCCCAAGGACGCCAACAGUCGGUGGCAGUGGACGAGUCAUGGACGAAGACGUGGCAUGGGCCAGACGGAUGUGUACCUGCACAACGCUCCGGCCCUCCCGAAACAUCCGAAGUUCAAGGGAUCGACCAAGGAGGAACGCCGUACGUUUAUGGCCGCGUACAACUUGUACAUCAGCCAGACAACGGCCCUUACCGUCAAUGGGACUAAACCGUUCGUCAUGCCGGUGAACGCAUGCAUCGAUCCAGCUAGCAAGCAACGUAUUGCUGAGUGGGAUAUGGGUAAGGGCCCGUAUGAAGUGACUGACUGUGAAGCCGAAUGGGUUGCGUGGUUCCGGCAAGGUUACGACGUCGACCCACAGGCGCUGGACACGCUCAAGAAACGGAUCAAGGCGGCUGUCGUGUUUGACAUGUCCGUACAAGAUGCCGACUCACGUAUUGGGAAGAUGUUUGAUGGACUGGCAGCCGCCAUCCGUCGCGACCGUCAGGAAUGGGUGAUCAAGGAAGAAAGCCCAGCGAUCGUCAAGAUCAUUACGGACGCGGUCAAGCCGGUGUCGCUCUAUCGUGCCGUGACUGAGCAGAUGGCGUUGACACGCAACAAGCCGUUGAAGAAGGGCGUAAGAUACGACGCCAGCUGCGAAGCCGGAUCCGCCCAAGACGAACCAAGGCGGUACACACGGACUCCGUACGGCUCCGACUCAGUCGACACCACGGGCACCAGCGACAGCGACGACGCCCCAGGCACCACCUGGGCUGACGUCAGCGAACGGCUGUCUGAAGUGCAAGUCUACGAGCCAUCGCGUACGGGAGUGCCCGGGUAUCACCGAAGAGGAAGCAGUGAAGCUCCUCAAGGCACACGGACGAACCCUCGGCCGUGGACGGAGCGACGGUGA